GAGGGGGGCGACUGGGGCGCCCACCAGCUGCUCACCUCGUCCAAUUUCAACGGUACCCUCGGCGCGCUCUGCUACAUCACUGGCAUGCUCGAGAUGCAGAUCGAGCAUCACCUCUUCCCUUCGCUCUCGUACGAGAACCAGCUCAAGAUCAAGCCCGUCGUCCAGCAGUGCGCGAAGGACUUUGGGCUGCCGUACUACGAGUACUCGAGCGCCAUUCACGGCAUCGCGGGCCACCUGUACCACAUGCAUCAACUCGCAUGGGCGGACACCCCAGCCCUGCUGGCGGUGCCUCGCACGUAUUUCGAGCGCGAGAGGCCUCCUUUGAGGUGGCGGCCGGCCGCCGCUUCUCGCGGUGAGGCGGCAUGAGGCCGUCCCCCCUUCGCGUUCGAAGGCGGGCCGGCCACGGCACCGGCUGUCGCGGCUCGAGGGCGGCAGGCUCUUCAUAGCUCCGCUCGGAGCGUCCUGGCGCCGCCUCCCCAACCGCUGCGGCCCAC